CCAGGACGAGGAGAUUGACGAGCUCGGGGAUUUCGUGUCAGGUGCGGCGGAAGAGAACUGGGAGCUGACAGAGUUUUGAGACGUGAACGAGCAUGACGACUGCCGAAGAGGAGACACCGCGAGCGAUGGAGCCAUGGGAGCAGCAUCAUGCUGUCAUCAAUAUGCCGCGUUACGCUUACAAUGCAGCUUCGAUACUGCAGAAAGGGAAUGUGGGAUUCCUCAUCACUUGUACAUUCCGGCGGGAGAAGAGUGCAACUAAGGAGGCAUUGGCUCUGCUUCGAGAGUUUAUGAAAGUCACAGGUCCAAUUAUUGCAGUGACUCCCACACCUGCGACGAACCUUACAGAUGUACAGACGCCACCAAGCGUGGAGCAAGUGAAUGAAAACUCCGUCAAACCGCAGCUCAGUGUUGGACCAUCUGGUACAGAGGAGAUUACGGGUGGAGCUGCUCUUACUGAGGACGGCCGAAAGAUUACAGAGAUUGCCUCUGGAGUUGGGGCUAGCCCAGAUGAAUUGAACCAAGAUGUAACCGAUACAUUGUCUACGACGAAGAGCACUGAAAGUGGAAGUGAAGCUGAGGGCCUUAUUAGGAGUGAAGAUGCAGGUGACAACAAGCCCACAUCUGUAGAUAAUGAGUUUAUGCUGGUUAAACUGGCUACCAUGGGUGUCAUUCUCAUCUCUGCAUCGCAAGAAUCUCCAAGAAGUGUUUUGAGCAUUGCUACGAGAAUAAUAAAGGACGUUCAAGGAAGGUCAAGGCCUCCUCCCCAAUGGUGUCACCGCAUGUUACCUGUUCAAGGAACCUGUUCCACGAAUCGUGAGGAGGUGCAAGCACUGGUUUCCCGAUUGGUCAAAGAUUAUUUGGAUAACACUUCUUCUGUUGGUGAAGAACCGAUCCAUGUGAGUAAUGAAAAGAAUAAUCUUGAUUGCAUUUAGAUACGUUCUACCUGUUGUUAGAAAAUGUUGAAGUGACAUCUAAAGUCCAGGCUGCUCCAAAAGUAGUAUUCGGGGAACAUAAUUAAAUGUUGUGCAUGAUGAUGAUCAAGAAAGUCUCAUUUGCUGGAGGACCGGAACCUGCAUAAAUGUGCCUACGCAAAUUACCACUUUCGGACGCGUAGAAAGUUAGUGAAUGCUUCAUUUGCAUUUCAUAUUGCUUCUUAUAUAUCUCGGCAGUAUGCUGUAGCUUUCAACAAAAGAGGAGCUGAGGGGACGAAAUCGGAUCACAAUCAGACGGAUAAUAGUACAGAAGCUCCUACUUUCGACCGUGGUGAGUGUAUAAGGGUCGUGACUGCUGCAGUUCACCAAGUUACUUCCAAUGUGAAAGUUGAUCUGACUUCUCCUGAGAUGGUAAUCAUUGUGGAGCUAGUUCCCGUUGCUGGAGCGAAGAGUUCUCUCAUAUGUGCAGUUUCCGUUUUACCUGGUGACCUUGUCACCUCCAAACCAAAGCUUACUGUGAAACCUCUUGCCCCUCAGUCUAAGAAGAGGAAACACCACUGAUCCACUAUUUACGUUGAUUGUGCUGUUGAGAUCGAUCCGGACAACCCGAUGGUGAUCGUGAGUCUAGAGCAGAGACUGGCUGAGGAAUCUUGCUUCCUCACACAGACGAGAACUAGCAUUAUUUGUAGACAUUUUGUACUUUGUAGCACUAGCAUUGUCAGGAGCCUGUUACUGGUCACUCAGAGUUCUUCUCGUUCUUCAACUGAUAAAUGAUCAAGUUUGAAGGAAGGCACGUACUCCCAGUACAGCUUAUUGACACCAAAUAGUUGUCACCCAUAGAUGUUAUGUUGCAAGAAAGCAAUGAUAGUGGCGUAAUUCUCUGUUUUUGAUCACUUUUUUCAUGUUUCAACUGCUGUUGUUUGAAGCACAAAAUUAACGUCUUUGUUGUGUUCAUGACACUG